ACGGUGGUGGUGACACCAGACAUCCAGCCAGCUGUAGGCGGGACUUCCUCCCCUCAACCAGACAUCUCAUUCUGCCCAAGAGACUCCUCUUCAACUCCAAACUCCACCCACAAAAUCAGCCCCGUCAGUGAGGACCCCCACACGUCUGCACGACCAGCACCGAGCAGCAGGGAAGAGGAGUCAGUCACUGUGACGACAAAAGCUGACAGUGAGGAAGAGGAUUCAGGGAAGCGGUCUCCGAUAGCUGCGGGGGGGUUGACCAACAGCCACCCCCCCAGCAGCUACUCCCGCUCCCUGAGCCACAUCAGUGAGAGCAGCGCCGACGGCAUCGUGCUGACGGACAGGGCGGUCCAGUCCGGAGGGGGGGUGUCUCCCACCUCCGGGAUCUCCAUCACUGACAUAGAGAUGGAGGUGCAGAGCAGAACCCCCCCCACAGACGAGAACACAACGGCUGACAAUGCCACAGACCAACAGGACACACACUCCUCUGAACCAGUGGACUCAGAAACACACACACAGCCAGACAUACGCCCAGAGAGCGGGGACGUGACGUACGUGGCGCGGUGGGUGUCGGUGGAGGAGGAGACCCCGGAGGCAGAGUCUCCAUCAAGGGGGAGCGGGGGUCCGGUGGACAGCGGGCUGGAGGACGCCCUGACAGCCGUGGUCUCCUCCCUGGAUGAUUACAGAGGACAGUUUCCCGAGCUGCAGCUGCUGGAGCAGGAGCUGAAGCUGCUGCAGGUCACACUCAAGGGCGGGAGGCACAGCCGCUCCCCCAGCAUGGUCAGCCUCACCGUGGAAACAGCUCUGUGCAGCUUUGACUUCCUCAACACGUCUGACUGUGAGGAGGAGGAUGAGGGGGUGGAGGAGAGAGGAGAGAAGAGGAGCAGAAGUGGCAGGUCUCUGCAGGACAGAGGCUGGGACAGCCCCCCUUCCCCUCUCACCACAGGCUGCACCACGUUAGACUGCGCCCUGGUGGUCCACCUCAACAAGUGCAGCACCCAGCUGCUGUGUCUGGGUAUGUUUGGUCCCCUGUGCUGUGGAGAGAUGUACGCCUUGGACAGACUGCUGAGGGAGGCUCAAGUCCUCGAAACCAUCCGACGCAUCGCCAAGGACAACCCGAGGCACUUCAGACAGCCUGCUGAAGUGAUACCGCAACUGGGCCUGUGCCUGGGUGCUGAAUUACUAUGGCAACAGUGUGUGGGACAGGGCAGUGUGUACAGCGUCUCUGCUGAGAGCUUCCUCCUCACUCUGUCUGCAGUCUACUCCAGAACCCUGCCGGAGAGGGCCAUUAGCAUGGCCGACACAGUGUUCUUGUGCCUAGUUGAGCGAGUGCUGGAUCAGAGGUUACCACGGCGAGGCAACAGAGACGGAGUGAUGGUGACGCUGUUCCAGCUGUGGAGUUACAUGGAGGCCAACUGCAUCACUGACAUGGACACACACAUCACUGAAGUGGCAGAAGAAGUGUGGUUGGUGCAGAGCCUGGCGUCAUGUGACCAGGAAGUGAUCGUGCAGGCUCUGCGGCGCCCUCCAGAGUGCAGCCUGAGGAGAGAGGGACUUCAUGCUGUGGCCAAAUUACUGAGAGACCCGCGAGGAAAAGUGUCAGCCUCUGCCAGCUCUGUGCUGAGGAGCCUGGCUGCUCAGCCCAGGCAGAGGGAGCAGGCGCUGGUCAGCUGUUUGGAGCUGCUGGAAGACGAGCAGUCGGACACCAGAGUGUGUGGAUGCAAGGCUCUAGCAUGUCUCAAGGCCAAAGAGAGUAUCGACCAGUUAGUGUAUCUCUGUCGGAUGGACAAGGACGAUGUCCGAGACGCUGCCAAACAAGCGCUGCUGGUGCUCGGCGAGGAGGGGAAGAUGGCCCACAGACACGUGGAGACGUCUCAGGACAGCAUCCCCAGACUCUUCGCUCCAGGAAGCAUGGCCAGCACUGCUUUCUAACACUUCACACACACACACACACACACACACACACACACACACACACACACACACACACACACACACACACACACACACACACACACACACACACACACACGCACACACUGGGUGGGGGAGAAAACUGAAUUAACACAAAAAGCCUCAAUGAGAAUAUAAAGUAAGUUUUUUUAUUUUCCAAUACUACCACUAAAAAUCAGAGAGGUAUCAAGGAUAGCCACUCUAUUUAACACUGGCAAACAUGUAAAGUUAUUAAGCUACAAACACACCAGUUUAUGUUCAUUGACCUGUGCUAACUACCAAGUUAGAGUGUGAGGAAGGAUGUAAAAUGUGAGCAGGCUUGAAUGGAAAGACAGAUGAAGGGAGGAGAAGGAUGAAAUGGAUACUGAAGGAAGGAAAUGUAAAGCAGAUUCAUAUCCAAAUCAAAUAACUGGAUAUUGAUCCAUCAUGGCACAGACACAAAAUCAUUAUUUUGUAAGUGGAUUAGGAAAAGUGUAAAGAUCUAUUUUAAGUCAAUUCAGAUCAUUCACAUUUUCACAGCCUACUAAGUGCCCAAAAUGUUGAGUGUCUUGUACUCCGACUCUCUGUGGUUUUGACUUGUACCAGUAGGCAUACAUAGAGUAAAUCUGCAGUACAGUGCUUCUCCUACCAUUAACUUUUCUUAGUGGAUACUGCUGUCUCUUGUUAGGGCCUGAGCACGAGAGUGCUGGGACCCCAACGGUGUCCCUAGCACGAAGUGCGAGGAAACCUAUUGUUUUCCUGAAGAUUCUUAUUUAUGGUGUUUUUGGAAAAUGUUACCCCAGUUGCAACAUAUUUUCAUAUAACUCUGCCUUUCCUAUAGCCAUGGCUCUACUAGCUUGUUGAUUUCAAGACUGAGACCUAAGUAAUGCAGCUGUACUGCAACACUGCAAUGCACCUGAGAAUGGAUGAGCUCAAACUUCCCACACUACUGCAUAGAUCUGGGCUGCACAAUUAUUCAAAUUUCAAAUCACAACAGAGACCCGGCCAGAUAACCAAUCAGAGCAGACUGGGCUCUGGUUUCAGACAGAGGGUGAAAAGAGGUGCUGCAGCACAGGCAGUAUGAUACAAAUAAAGAGCUUUUUGAACAUGAAAGCAUGGAGGCAUGUCACAGUAGAGACACUACAUAGAAAUAUGAACCUGAAAAUAUGCAGAAUAGGGCCCCUUUAAUAAAAAAUCCUUGUUUUGUACAGAUUUGCAAAAACAAUCACUAUAUUAUCAUUUUUAUAUGUUUUCCAUUCAUAUGUGAAUAAGGUUUCAAAAUGGUCGUUUACUUCAAUAUCACAAAUCAUAUCGCUAUUGCAAUAUCAGUCAAAAAUAAACACAAUUUGUUAUAUUUUCUAAAUUGUGCAGCCCUAGCAAAGACACUGUGAUGAACUUAUAACAUCAAUAUCCAAACUUCAUACAUGUCACAUCACAGUGGGCAUCAUUCUGAAGUUGACUUGGGUGUCAAAGGUCGGGGGUGAUGGAGAUCCACCAACUGGGCAGCAAAAGAAUGAAUGGGAUUUGUAUUGUAUCCAUUUGUUGACGCAUGUUCUUCAGUCUUAAUGGAACUGUCUCUGUUUUUUUUUUUGCUCAUGUAUAGUAGAGCUAAAUGUAGGUUGGGGCCUCACUGUGGUGCUCAGCAGGACAUGUCUCUGAUGCAUGGACAGAUACUGGAGAUCUGCUACUGCUGGACUCACUGUGAAACGUCUUCCAGUUCAAAAGAUACAAAGGAAAGCUUUUUACUCUCUGUCUCGCAGAGGUUUAUGUUUAAUGCUGUCAUUAUAUUAGCACCAGGUUGAAAAGAAAGAGAAGCUCACACUGUAGUUUUAAAUAAAGAGUUGAAACUGUUGCUAAGCUGCUUCUGCACAGUGAUAGGUUAAAACAAUUCAGUGCCAUCACUCUUUACAAUAAUGACAUAUCUUAUUCUUUAUGGAAUUACAUACUAUAUGAUUAUUUGCCACUGGAGUUCAAUAUUCUGUGAUUGUAAAUAGUUUUUUUUCUUGACAGUCUUUAUUUGUAAAUGUAUACUUUGUUUUAUAAGAUGUGUUUUACUGUUAAAAUGACAUAUAUUAUUAUCAGUUUGAUAAAUUGAUUCAUUGAAUGACUUACCACUGACAUAUCUGCUGUAAAUGAAGUCACUGAAUAUUUACAUUACUGUCAGACUGCUGCGGAGGGCUUUGUCUUUUGAGAAGGCAAAGACACCAUACACCUUUCUUGGUUAGGUAUAUCGACAUUUGUAACAGUUGAACUUCACACUUAAACUAAAGAUUUUCUUUACAAAGAAUGAAUAUUGCAUUUGUCUGUGUUGAGUUGAUUUGGCAUCCUCAAAAAUGUGGUUAUGGAAUUAUAAAUGAUUGAAGGGUGAUACCAGUGUUUUGCAUGUGUAUGCCAUUUACUACCAAUGACAUACUAAAAUAUUUCCACUUCUGCUGCUGACAAUUCUCCAAAGUGAGCCCAUUACACUCACCAAAGAAAAACAUUGUAGACCUACUGUACUUUGUUAUCAUUGGCUUCAUAAUAAAACUAUCUGUGAUUUUAGUUUGGACUCAGGAUUCCAUUAUAACACAUCAUCGUAGCAUUAUGAAUUAGUAACUCUUAAAUAAGAGCUGCAAUUAUGAAACGAUUCCUAAAAUGUUUGAAGGGAUCUUAUCAUCUUAAAUAUUUUCUGAAAAUAAUGAGAUACUAAGUCAUAGUUGGGGGACAAUGUAGUCAUUUUACUUUGGUGAAUGCAGUUAGUAUCAUAAUGGCAAAUAUAAUGGCUAAAUUAAUAAAGUAACAACAUGUAAACACAAAGCUGAUGCUCCCUGUGAUGGAUUACCAAACUCAAGCAAAUGUCAGCUAUACUCAAUAUUGAUACAUUACAAUACAUUACAUUAUGAUACUGUAAACAUAAAACAUUUUACAAAACGACUAACUUUGGAAAAGUGCCAGCGUGUGAAGUCAAGAAUGUAUUUUUGGUAGAUGGGGUUACAAAUAUGCAAGUUCACUGGUUUUAUUUAUCCACACUGAGUUUAACAGAUGUCAGUAAAAAUGCCAAAGUUUCCAGGCCAGUGACCCGUUAAUUGUAAUCGUGUUGAUCCUUUUCAUAGCGACACUGCUGAUGAUGCCAGUCUGCCUUUUCAUUUCCUGAGCACUAAUGACUGAUGGUCUUUUAUUGAUAUCAUAUGGAUGUGUUCAAGUCUCAUACUGUAUGCUAUGCUAACACUAUGAUGUAAACAUGUUGAAUUGAAAUUGACAUUGUGCAGUUCUAGCAGUAAAAAAAAGACAUUUCGACUGACAGGAAAUUAUGUGUAAUUCUUAGCCAUGCCAGCAGUAGCACUGUGGAGAUGGCAAUGUUGCUCAGUUAGCCAGAUAGAAAUAUCUCAACAAAUAAUUCAUAGAAAUUGGGUUCAGGCCCCUCAUUAACCCAGGAUCAUUUGUAAAACCAAUAAUUGUGACAAAAUACCUGGAGGACUACUGCAAUUCCUUAAGCCUCUGCUCUACAUUGUGUUAAGUGCUUUUUGGCAAAUGUUAACAUCAGCAUUACAUUUGUCACUUAGGACACGUUAGCAUGCUCACAUUAGCAUUUAGCUCAAAGUGCCGAAGCAAUUUUCAGAGCUGCUAGCAUGGACUGGACUAUAGGCCUAAUUUUUUCUGUUGUCUAAGCUUUUAAACCAUUGUCGACAAUUUGUUCUGCUUUUUGUUCUAACAACAUGACAUGUAAACAUGUAGUAAUUUCAGUCUUUCUGCAAGUUUAAACUGUACUUCAUUUGUUUUUUUACAACAUGUGAACAUUUGUAAUAAUUCCACAGAAAACAUGACACAGCUUUUGUCUAUAAGAAGGAGGGUCCAGGUUCCUAUAUGAAAUGUGCCAACCCUGUAUACUUCUCUUAGACUGACUUACAUGUUCUAACAACACUGUGAUUGAAAAACAAUUAUCUAGCUGUUCUUAAAAUUAUGUUACCAUUUUCACAGAGGUUAAGGGCCAUAUCUUUAAUAUAUAUAUAUAUAGAGCCAUGAGAAAUAAUGUAACUUCUAAGACUAAAUUCAAGAUUAUCUCAAUGUUAUAAAUAGGACUAUAUCAGAAUAUGGGGAAAAGGUUUAAGUAGAAUUCUGAGAUGAAUUCAUUAUUUAUGAACUCGGAUCUGAAUCUCUGAUUUAGGUAUUCUCAGUAUUUUUCACAAGGCCUAUCCCUUUAUGCAUCAUCCUUUCAUAUUUAUUGAAGGCAAUAAUGACUUACUGAUGUACUGCUGUGUCCCUGAAAAUAACUGUCAUUCAGACAUAUAUUCACAAAGAGCUAUUUGUACAGUGUUUUAAAUCUGGAUGUUUAGUUCUUAUUCAGCAUAAAUUGUGCGACAGGCUGCAGUGUCACUGGAAUCAUAAUAUAGGAUUUUCUUUAAGUGGGAAACUCACUAUUUAUGUAUGUAUAUUUGAUGGCUUCCACUGUGUUAAAUGAUUUUACCACUAUUGUUUUGUGAAGGACAGCAGCUAUCUGCAGCUAUACCUCUGCAUACAUCCCACAGUGUUUAAGUGCCUCAAGCUUUGAUAGUAACAGAGAUGCAAGACAUAGAUGAGAUUGUGUGAAGCAGUGGGAAACCGCUCCAGCACAAUAUAUUUUCCCCACAACCUUGAUUAGUUGUGCAGUAUUGGAAACAUUUCUUUUUUUCUUUUCUAAAAUAUAUUUCCAGUCAUUCUGGUGUUGAAUAUACAAAAUAUUAAAAUAUGUUCAAAGAUUG